AUGAGCUCAAAAACAGCAGCACCACCAUCACCAGUAUGCCCAAAAUUUAUUUCUGUUGAAGGAGGUGACAUUUACUCCAGAAGUAAACCUGAUGGUAAUAAGGUCUUAGAUUCAGUCUUGUCUCCUAUAACAUUUUGGCUCAGGUGGAAAGCUCGCUCCCAAGCAAUUUUAACUGUUCUCAAGAACCUUGGGGCUGACUUCCUCUGCCUACAGGAAUUGGAUGAGUAUGAUAGCUUUUACAAGAAAAAUAUACAAAGUUAUGGUUAUUCCAGUAUUUAUAUUCAAAGAAGUGGGCAGAAGCGAGAUGGCUGUGGAAUAUUUUAUAAGCCCAACUGUGCAGAUUUGAUCCUAGAGGAAAGAAUAGAGUACAAUGAUCUUGUCAACUCAAUCGAAGAUGAGUCAAUUUUAUGCGAUGAUAAACAGAAUGAUAUUCAGGCUAAUGGAAAUGAAAGCAGUGAACCAAAGAAUGGUUCAUCAUCAAACAGUACUUCCGAAGAUCGUGGAGAUCCUAAUGAUCCUCGUAUAAGAUUAAAGAGAGACUGUGUUGGAAUUAUGGCUGCUUUUAGACUCAAGGACACUUUCUAUCAUGUUAUUGUAGCAAACACUCACAUCUACUGGGAUCCGGAAUGGGCAGACGUCAAGCUUGCUCAAGCUAAAUAUCUUCUGUCACGGUUAGCUCGAUUUAAGAAACUGGUUUCUGACAGAUUUGAAUGCACUCCUUCUGUAAUUCUUGCUGGUGACUUCAAUUCAAUACCAGGGGAUAAGGUUUGUGCUUUGCUGCCCUUCUUCGAAGUAGUGGUUUACCAGUAUCUUGUAUCUGGCAACUCUCCAUCAAAUUUACAGGUGGAAUGUUUGGAUGAGCUUCCUAUUCCCCUGUGCAGUGUCUACAGUAGUACAAGAGGAGAACCACCAUUCACAAACUACACUCCUGACUUCACAAAUACACUUGAUUAUAUAUUCUUUCUCCCUGACGACCAAAUAAAACCAGUCAGUUUCCUUGAACUUCCUGAAGCGAACUCGCCUGAUGUUCUUGGUGGCUUACCAAACUAUUACCACCCAAGCGAUCAUCUACCAAUUGGUGCUGAAUUUGAAAUUGCGAGGAAAUAA